ACAUGCACGACGCCGAGUUCACCUGCGCCCUCUUCCGUUUCAUCCAACUCACCUGUGAAGGCCACAACCUCGACUGGCAGAACUACCUGAGGACACAGGCAGGAAACACCACGACGGUGAACGUAAUCAACUGCACUGUCGACUACCUGCUGCGCCUUCAGGAGUCUAUCAUGGACUUCUACUGGCACUACUCGUCCAAGGAAAUCAUUGACCCUGCCGGCAAGGCCAACUUCUUCAAGGCCAUUGGUGUUGCUAGCCAGGUGUUCAACACCCUGACUGAGGUGAUCCAGGGCCCGUGCGUGGGCAACCAGCAGACGCUGGCGCACUCCCGUCUGUGGGACGCCGUCGGUGGCUUCCUCUUCCUGUUCGCCAACAUGCAGGAUAAGCUCAGCAAGCAUUCCUCCCAGGUGGAUCUGCUGAAGGAUCUGCUCAACCUCCAGAAGGAUAUGGUCAUCAUGAUGCUCUCUAUGCUUGAGGGUAACGUGGUUAAUGGUACCAUUGGUAAGCAGAUGGUGGACACCUUAGUGGAAAGCGCUUCUAAUGUCGAGCUGAUUCUGAGGUACUUCGAUAUGUUCCUUAAACUGAGGGACCUCACGAGCUCGACCACCUUCCAGGAACUCGACACCAACAAAGAUGGCACUGUCACGCCCAUCGAGUUCAAGGAGAAGAUGGAACAGCAGAAGAACUACACCACCGAGGAGAUCAACUUCCUCCUGAUGUGCUGCGACACGAACCACGACGGCAAGAUCGACUACGUGGAGUUCACCGAGCGCUUCCACAACCCGGCCAAGGAAAUCGGCUUCAACUUGGCCGUGCUGCUGACUAACCUGUCCGAACACAUGCCCAACGAACCCCGACUUGCGAGAUUCCUUGAGACUGCUGGUUCUGUCCUGAACUACUUCGAGCCCUUCCUGGGUCGAAUCGAGAUCAUGGGCAGCUCGAAGCGCAUCGAACGCGUGUACUUCGAGAUCAAGGAGGAGAACAUCGACCAGUGGGAGAAGCCUCAGAUCAAGGACUCGAAGCGUAGUUUCUUCUACGCCAUCGUCACUGAGGGAGACAAGGAGAAGCUGGAGGCCUUCGUCAACUUCUGCGAGGACGCCAUCUUUGAGAUGCAGCACGCCACCGCCCUGAUGGAAGAGGAAGACGAUGCCAUGUCCAAGAAAUCGAACGCGGACGGCCUCAAGUACCUUAGUGAAGACGAAGAAGAAAAGACCGGCAUGGACCUGAUCAAGUCGAAGAUCGGAGGCGUGAAGGACCAGAUGCUCGAGGGUCUCUCGGUCUUCGCUCCUUCCAACCUCAAGAAGAAGAUCAAGGAAAUCAAGCAGAUGUCGUCCACCGAACUCGCAGUUGGCUUCUGUCGCCUCUUGUUCCUCAUCAUGUACCACAGCGCGUUUGGAGUGUUCUACGUGUUACGCAAGAUAUGGCAGGCUCUUAUGGGUCUCAUGCAAGGACCUCCUGCGGAAAAGACUGAAGAAAAGGAAGAAAAGGCAGGACCGUUAGUACCGUUAGCAGUACCGGCGUUACCUGAGAUACCAGAAGGAGACGCUGCGCCGCCCGCUGAAGAAGGCAAAAAACCGGAAGGCGAACAAUUAUCCCUGGAGGCCGCGGAAUUGACGCAAGAGGAGAAGGUGAAGCCCAUCUUAGACGCCCUGGCUGACCUCAAGGAGGACAUCACUGCCGAAGAGGCGAUCUCGGCUGCCAAACCAGUGGAAGGAGAUGUUCCAGAGACCGACACGUUGGCCGAGAAGAAGGAAGUGGAGACCACACAAGCCUCCGCGGAGGAGUCAGAUGUGGUGGAAAGUUCCGCCGCUGCAGAACCUCCGCCCGUGGCUCAGGUCGAUCUCAGUGGCUACAACAAGCGAGCUGUCAGUUUCCUGGCCAGGAACUUCUACAACCUGAAGUACGCUGCUCUGGUGCUUGCCUUCUGCAUCAACUUCAUCCUUCUGUUCUUCAAGGCUACCGUAGUCGAAAUCGAGGAGGAGGAAGGCGAAGACACGGACGUCAACAACCCGUUCGCCUUUGGGUCCGGAGACCUCCUGGGAUCCGGCGACGAAGCGAUUCUCGGGGACGACGCGGCGGAGGAACUCGGCUCGGGCAACUUCACCCUCGGAGAAGAGGAAUGGAUCCACAUGGACGACCGCUACUUCUACCUGUCUCACAUAUUGAGGCUGCUGACCACCACCCACUCCAUUGUCGCGCUCUGCAUGCUGCUCGCUUACUACCAUCUCAAGAUCCCGCUGGUGAUCUUCAAGCGCGAGAAGGACGUGGCCCGACGCCUGGAGUUCGACGGCAUCUACGUGGCCGAGCAGCCCGAGGACGACGACAUCAAGGCCCACUGGGACAAGUUGGUCAUCUCGGCAAAGAGCUUCCCCAACAACUACUGGGACAAAUUUGUGAAGAAGAAGGUCCGUGAGAAGUACAGCGAGACCUACGACUUCGACGCCAUCUCGAACCUCUUAGGAAUGGAGACGACCAUGUCCUUUAAGCAAGAGGAAGUGCCGACGGGUAUCAUCGGAUACCUCUCUUCGGUCGACUGGAAGUACCAGAUCUGGAAGGCAGGCGUCACCAUCACUGACAAUCAAUUCUUGUACAACCUUUGGUACCUGACCUUCUCCUUGCUGGGCAACAUCAACUACUUCUUCUUCGCCGCUCACUUGCUCGACGUGGCUGUGUCCAUCCCGUCACUGAAGACGAUCUUGCAGUCCGUCACACACAACGGCAAACAGCUCAUCCUCACCUGCAUGUUGCUGACGAUUAUCGUGUACUGUUACACUGUCAUCGCCUUCAACUUCUUCAGGAAAUUCUACGUGUCAGAAGAGGAUGAUGUUGUUGACCAGAAGUGCCACGACAUGUUGACGUGCUUCGUGUUCCACUUGUACAAGGGCGUGCGCGCUGGUGGUGGUAUUGGUGAUGAGAUCGAGGCUCCUGACGGCGACGAGCUGGCUAUCAUUCAGGGUUUGAUCAUUGACGCCUUCGGUGAGUUGAGAGACCAGUUGGAGUCGGUGAAGGAGAACCUGGAGAGCAACUGCUUCAUCUGCGGUAUAGGCAACGACUACUUCGACGCGGUACCGCAUGGCUUCGAUAUGCACACGCAGAAGGAGCACAACUUAGCUAAUUACAUGUUCUUCUUGAUGCAUUUGAUCAACAAAGAUGAGACGGAGUACACGGGUCAGGAGACAUACGUCUGGAACAUGUACCAAGAGAGGUGCUGGGACUUCUUCCCCGUCGGCGACUGCUUCAGGAAGCAGUACG